AUACGGCGUACCAAACGAGCUCGUAAUGUAUUGUUGACUACUAAUUGGCAGUCUUAUUUGGUGGCUUGUGAAAUCAGUUUCAAUUUAAGUAAUAUAAGCCAAAUUGCUAUAUGACAGGUUUUGAGAGAAAAAAAAAAUAAGUUGAUUGAUGCAUACCAUUUAAUUAUAUGUAGACUCGGGUGGAAAGGAAAUUUAACUUUUGAAAUUUAUAGAAACAAUUAUAAACUAAUGAGGUAGAGGUAGAUGAUAUCUUGAAAACUAAUGCAAUAUGGGUGAAACACUUCACAUGCAACCAUCAUGUUGUAUUUUGAUAGUGCAUUUACAUUGCUUGUGAUUGUAAAUGAUAGUUUACUUUCAAUAAAUUCUUUACUUGUUAUAAAUUUGAAUAUGUAUCAGAAUAAUUAAUACAUAAGAAUUGCUUGCAAGAGUUUACACAUAAGUCAAACACACCGCUACCUAUGUAUCAAACUAUCAAUGAAGGUUAUCAAUAUAGGCCAAAGUUCAGAUUAACUGUGAUAAUAAAUGGAGUAAGUUACAUUUCUUCAGAUACUUUUUCUACCAAAAAAGUUGCUGAACAAAAUGUUUCUGAACUUGCCUUAAAGUCUACAGCCAAAAAAACAAUUGUAAAUGAAGGACUUGUAAUGAAAUAAAUGGUGGAUGAAGGACUUCCUCUUAUACAUGAGGUUCAUAUAUUUUUUAAAUUCUAUUUUCGUUUAAGAUUAUUUUCUUGAUGGUAAAAGAAUGUAAUUAUUAUUUUCAUUUCAAACCAAUAUCUUGACAAGUUAACCCCACCAAUAUUUCAGCUACCCAUCAAUUACCUUUCUCAAAACUUCCCCAAGUCUUCCCUAUAUGAAAAUGAUCAUAAGCUUAAUAAAGAAAAACUAUGCAUGUACUCCCACUUACCAAACAUACACAUUAAAGUUUAACAAACAAGUUCACUCCAUGAACAAAUUCUUGCCAAAGUAAAACUAGAAGUAAGUUGAUGUUAUCGGGAUAUUAUUCGAGCUAUAUCAAAUAUCAAUACUAUUAAGUUUAAAUAGCAAUGUUCAUGCAAUGCCUUGAUUCAAAAAUUUCGUAAAGUUGUUUUCGUUGGAUAGAUUUGACAAUUAACCACCAAAAUUUUAACUUGGGAGAGACAAUUCAAGUCAAUUAAGGUAGAGUUGAUAAAUAUUUUAUAAUUUUUCAUUGCUUAUUUUGAUCCAACUUUUCGUAUUAUUGUUGGGUUUUGUGUCCUAAAUAAAACCCUUUACAAUCUGAUUAGUUAUCAAUAUAAGAAAUUUGAAGUGAUUUAUGUUUGCAUGAAUUUUACGUGCUAAUGGUUUAAUAUGUUUAUUACAUUUACACACAAAAUCAGUUAAGUCCAGAUCAUAUGUUCAUUCACAAUUACAGUAUCGUCAACACAGUGGAAUGUGAUUGUGAUCAUAUGAAUCAAAAGACUAAGUCCCUGUUUCAUCAGUGUUUUGGAUUUAUACUAAUGUGAUAAUCAGCGAUGAUGUAUACUUACACUUGGAGUAUGUGUUAUGUUCUUUCCAGGACAUUAGUAAAGUAUACUAGUUUCGAAUGUAUGGAGUAUACAUUGGACUGGACCGAUAUUGCAACUUAGUUAAGAUAUUAUAAACUUACCGUCAUAUCUUUCCAAGUCAAUAUCAGUAGUUGAUCUUAAGAUCAAAAGAAUCUAAAUCCUGAUAUGCUUAGGUUCAACACAGGAGUACUAUUCAUGUUCUUUGAUUUAUUAGUUAAGCCUACUUUUGGGUCAGGGUGAUACGUAUAUUUUGGGAACAUGAUAGUAUGAUUGAGUGGGAGUGCUGAACAUAAAUAUGAAAUCUAUAGCUUCUAUUGGUGUAUAGAAGUCAAGUGAUGAUUCCCUUCGAGCUUAGCUAAAUAGAAUUUAAUGGAUGAGCUCUUGUUUAAGUGACUAAUUCUUAGAUCAAUAAACAUCAUUUACAGGUAGCUAAGUGUUUUAAGGGGCAAAAUACGUUGAGGGGUGAGAACGGUAAAAUUAUCCCAUCUCGAUGUAAAUCAUCUAUAUAGAGGAUCUUUGAUCACAAUAAGAUUAUAACAAUGGUUAAAUGAGAUAGCAUAUCUAUAUCGUGGAACAUAUAAUAUGCUCUAUAUAAGUCUGAGAGUGCAAUUCUAAGUUCAAAUUAUAUGCUGCAUUGAAUAAAGUUGAUGCUUCUUUGUUGAUGAACAAGGUGCAAAGUUCAGGUGCUGGGGUUGAAAUUGCUUUGCCUGUUACUAAUGCUCCAACAAUUUCUAACAGCAUUGUUGGUGUUGCAACUGCGACUCUUGCAAAUUUGCUCUCUGGAAAUGAUUUAAUAAAGCACAAUUUCAGUAUAGUAAAAUCAGAAACUUCUUUAGAAGCAACCAUUCCUCUAAUUUCUCAAGGGGUCAAUUUACCAAUUGAAUUUGUGCAUUCAGAAGAUGCAAACUCUAAAAAUGUUACAGCUCGUACUUCAAAGAAGAGACGUAAGAACAAGAAGAAGGCUAAUAAGAGAUUUUGCACUAAUGCUCAGAUCCAUAUGGCUUCAUCUCCUUUAAAUCAAGGACCACCUUGUUAAGUAGCACAAUAAUCAGAAUGACUGUAAAUGUACAUCACUAGAUAGGUAGGUAUGAAGCAAGCUCUAUCCUUGCCCCUUGAUUUGAGACCAAUGGGAUUUUGUGUAUUUGUUAUUGUCCUCUUCUUCUUCUGUCCUUUGAUAACCUUUUGUGUUGAGUCUUGAUCUUUUUAUUUUUUUUUGUUAGUGUAAUCAACCGGCAGAACAGUGUUUUGUAUAUUUCAUAUGAGCUGUACCUUACGUGUACUAUUAGAACAUGUAGGCUCGUUUGGAGCGUCUUAUUAGGUCGUAUUGUAUUGUAUUGUAUUGUAUUAUAUUAAAUUGGAUUACAUAUCUUAUUUUUAUGUAACUCUAUGUUAAACUUUAAUUUAUUUUAAAAUAUUAUAUAUUUAGGUGUCCAUAAAAGUUAAUACUACAUAUAGUUUUAUAUAAAAAUAUUGCAUAAAAUAUAAUUUAAUAUAAUACUAUACAAUACAAUACGAUGCAAUACGGUGUACCAAACUGUUGGAAAUUAUUUUACCAGGAUCUUAGAUCUACUUACAAGUAUGUUGAUUAACACCCUAAAUAUGAACUUUCUAAAACGAUGAAAUAAACACAUAUAAAGUUUAGUAAACCUUACAUUGGGUGCAGCGGAAUAUAAUGACUCCUUCCGUUCAGAUAUCUAGCUUUUGAUUCCUUUCUGUAGCAGAGC